GUGUAUCCACCUGAGCACUACUGGCUUUCCUGCAGCAAUCACAGACAAUGGCCGCCCCCCAGCAAAAAUACCCCUUCUGGACCGGAGGUGAGAACUGGCUCCAUUCGCCAAUGCAGGUAUACUGACGAUAGUCCACUCGCCACCUCACCCUCCCUUCCCAUGUACUCUCGACCUGCACCUACACUGAUUUUCUACCUCGGCCAAAUCCGACGACAGGCGCGGCUGCGUCAAUGGCUGCUUGCUGUACGCAUCCUCUCGAUGUGAUGAGAGUGUGGGUCUGCAUUACUCGAACACAAUUCGGGGAUCCGAAAGGAUAAUCGCUUACAUGGUGCGCGCAGACGGAUGCAAACGUCGACGACAAGAACUACUUUUGUUCAGGCAGUCAAGGGUGUGGUCAAACAUGAUGGCAUUCGAGGAUUGUAUACCGGUCUCACUGCCUCCAUCUUUCGACAAAUGACAUACAGUGUCACAAGACUUGGUGUCUACGACCUCAUGAAGAAUCAAAUGUCAAAUAAUGGCAAAAAGAAGUUGACGACGGGAGAUAUGGUUAUCUGUGCGAGCACGGCUGGUGCUUUGGGUGGUGUAGCUGGUAACCCUGCGGAUAUUAUCCUUGUCAGGAUGGUUGCCGACCCUACGAAACCUCUUGAGCACCAGCUUCACUACAGAAAUGCCAUCCAUGGCCUGUACAAGAUGGUGGCCAAUGAGGGCCCUGCUUCCCUUGCUCGUGGUCUUGCUCCUAAUACUAUCCGUGCUACUUUGAUGAACGCCUCCCAGCUCGUCUCAUACGACUUCUUCAAGGACCACAUUCUCGCCGCUGGUAUCAUGGAAAACGGCAUGCCUCUGCAUUUCGUCUCCUCCGCCUUGUCUGGUACCGUCGCCACCACCAUAUGUGCCCCCGCCGAUGUCGUCAAGAGCAGAAUCAUGAACAUGAAACCUGGAGCUGGUCAGGGACCGAUUGCGUUGUUGACGGAAAGUUUGAAGCACGAGGGACCGAGAUUCUUGUUCAAGGGAUGGCUUCCCGCUUGGAUCCGUCUCACACCCAACACCAUCUGCAUGUUUGUCUUUCUCGAACAAAUCCGCGGCGCCAUCGACCUGUUCCGUAACAAGUCCUCCGGCGUCGUCGACUCGCCUGUCGCGUAGGAUGGGGAUCGUCAGCAUUCCAAUACUAGAUCAUCGUAGAAUCUUAGAUCGUAGAAUUUUAGAACCUCGCUCUCUCUCUCUCCGUCCGAUUGUGCUGGUAUGGUCGGGAGGACUGUACGACCAUUAUAUUAUACUCUUAUCCAUGCAUCUCUCACGUCUAGAGAACGGUCGC